AGCUGUUGCUCUGCUAUUGUUUUGUUGCUUCGAUUGCUGGAGGCGUAGUUUUCUGUUUUUGAUAAUUACUCGUAGCAAAAGCAGAGAAAUGGCCCUGGUGGAUCACGAUUCCUGGGACAUCGAGUACGAGGGCUGCGAGCGUCUGCGCCAUCAGCUGCUGGUGUACCUCAACCAGCGGCAGCAGCUCAAUCAGAAGACGAGUCAGUUCGUCCAACUGACGAGCAGCAUACAGACGGGAAUUGAACAGCUGUCCAAGGACGUGAAGCACCUCAAGGUGGUGCUGGACAACGCCAUCACCUGGGAGACGAGCACGGAGGAGGAGCUGCAGCAGCGCCGCAUCGACUGGGACAGACUCACUUCGCAGCUGCACGAGAUCCGCGAGAAGUUCGCAAACAGCAGCCGCUCCAAUGUCCCGGCCGCAUCCGUCUCUGCUUGGCAGGAUCAGGAUCUCGGGCCGGGUCACAGCAAUUCCUCGCGGAACACCGCUUUGGAUGUGGAGGCUCUGAAGCAGAAAAAGACCGAGAUGCUGGCGCAGCAGAACGAAGGGCUCGAGGUUCUAUCAGCCACAUUGUCCAGACAGCGCCAAAUGGCCACACAGCUGGGCAACGAGGUGGAGAACCAUAACAAUAUCCUUGACAACUUGGCCAAUGCCAUGGACCGUGUGGAAACGGGUGUGCAGCGAGAAACACAGAGCAUUGGACAGGUUAACCGGCGGGACAGUACCUGCGGGUACUGGCUCGUCAUCAUAGCCUUGUUCGUCGCCAUCAUCGUUGUGAUCUUCGUCUAGCUCCCACGAUCCAUUCCAGUUGUUAUACUACUUUAUACAAUGACCUGCGUGGAAUGUCUAUCUGUCGUUAACCCAAAGUUUGAUUAUUUAUGUAUACACCAAUUAAAGUAGGAUUUAUAAGUA